UCUUCGCGGGUCUUUCUUUCGCUCUGACUUUGUGUUUUCAACACAGCUUGACUAUUGAUUUUUAACGAAGUGAUGGAUCUUCUCGAGUGCGAAUGGGGCUCUUGUGAAGAAAAGUUUCCCCUUUCAAGUUUUCAAGACUUCAGGGAGCAUUUUGAAGGACAUUUAAGAGGAAUUUUCCCGGGAUAUCGAGCGGGUUUCUCAGAUGAUAAUAUACCAGAAAAUUUUACUUGCUUUUGGAGAGACUGCGGUUGGGAUUCUCCCAUUGACGCCGGUGAUAUAAUCCGUCAUGUCUUCUUCCACGCUUUCCAUACUAAAAUAAAGCUUGAAGGGUACAAAAAACAGCAAGAAAUGAAACUGACGCCUUGCACUUUAGACAGUCAAAGCAGAAAUCUUCUUCCUGACAUUCCUGAACCGUUUCUCUGCGAGUGGAAAGAGUGCAGUGUUGAGUUCAACUGUCCUACGCUUUAUUACAGACAUGUUGACAGUCAUGCUUGGGCUGUGGAUAAGAUAUACGCAGGAGUUGGAGAAAAUGGCAGAAAAAAGUACUCCGUCACUUGCCAGUGGGAGGGAUGUAAUUUUACAACUGUAAACCACUACAAACUUAAAGAACAUUGUCGAAGUCACACAAGAGAGAAGAUUUUUGCCUGUGUGACAUGCGGUGGUAUGUUUGCAAACAAGACAAAGCUUGUAGACCACAUGGUUCGACAGAAUUCUUCAGGAUUCGAAAGUUUUCAAUGUUCACACUGUCUGAAGCACUGUGGCUCUGAGCGUAUCUUGCGUGAUCACAUGAGACAUCAUGUCAACAAUGUGAAAUGUCAGUUCUGUGACAUGACCUGUCCAAAUGCUUCAGCCCUCAAGCAACAUGUCAAAUUCAGACAUUCGGAGGAAAGACCCUUCAAAUGUGAUGUGUGCAGUUACACCUGUAAAAUGCAGUCAGAUCUGCGGCGUCACCGUGAAUUCCACAAUGCUGUUUUAGCUUAUCAUUGUGAUUUUGAGGGUUGUACCUUUUCUGCUCGUGCCAUGCAAACAGUGAAAAGGCAUCAGAAAGUUGAUCACCAGGGAAUUGAUUUGUACCGAUAUGAAUGUCAUGUUUGUGGACAGCGAUACACAAGAGGAUCUGGGUUGACCAACCAUCUGAAGAAAAAACACAGGUUCAGUUGGCCAGCUGGACACCCAAGGUUUAGAUACAAAGAGUGUGAUGAUGGCAUUUGUCGACUUCAAACUGUGCGCUUUGAGAGUCUCCAUUUGUCACAGCUGAUGAAUGAACAGGAAGGUGCUGGGAACACGGAAAUGCAAGCAGGUGACUCCCCCCAGGAUUGCAUAGACUCUCCUGCAACCUCAGGGGGGUCACCAGAAUCGAAUAUUGAGGGGUCACCCUUUCUUAAUAGAGGGGAUCACCCUGGAGAGCUCAAUUACCAAGAACUUCUGCAAGAAUGGAAUGAAAGUAACAGUAGUACACAAGACAGGCGACAUAACGGUGGAGGACCAAUAAGGAGUCGUGUGAUGGGGAGAGUUUCAGAAGCACAUCCUUAUGAGAGAUCAGAGUCACCUGAACUGGAUUUACCACAGACCUUGCUGGAUCUUCAAGAUGCUGCAAUCAGGCUUGCCAAUGGACAAAAUUAGAUCAGUUUUAUUAAUUGUAAAUUCAUGAUUAAAUUAAAUGAUUGAAUAAUUAACAACUAUUCACCAAAGUGAAGAAAGCUAGUGAUGAAUAUUUACUGAGCUGCCUAUUAGCAAGGUAAAUAUCCAAAGCUAGCCACCAACAAUGAGGUGAAAAGUUGUUUUAGUAUUUACUGAAACAGUUAACAUAGCACAAAAAAGAUGAUUUGAACUCAUUUAUUCCUGUUAUGAUUACAAUAUUUUUAAUUGCAAAUCUUGUGCAAGUUGCUGGAGGGUGAUUAGCAAAGGAUAUUUGGAGUUAGAGUAGUCAAUCAGAGCACGCCUUCAACUCUAUCAACUGUUUUAGUAUACACUUGAAAAAUUUAUACUCAGUAGCUUUUGUUUAAAUGCCUCUCUUAAGAGACUGUAAAGUAAGAACCAACAUGUACAUCACCACAAACAGUACCACAAGGAAGGACUGCAAGCGCUUUAUUUACAUGAUCACACUGAAGAAAGCUGGAAUCUUGCUGUUCAGUGUAAGAAAAAGAGUCAUAGACUUUCAUGUUGAAGCCAAUUUUUACCACAUGGAGGUGUUUAUUCCAUCCAUAGAUGUACUUGUUAAUGUGGUACAUUAGAUUAGAUUUCAAUGGUCGCUUAUUGCGGUUGUCCUGUUAACUUCAAGUUUGAGGCCUUCUCUUGAAGCACAGUUAACUGUGUCUCACUAGACUACCCCCAUUAUUUUCACUUUCUUUAACCCUUUAAAUCCCAUAGGUGAUUAGCAUGUAACUUCUCCCUAUGAUAUUCAUAAAUUGGUUUUCAACAUCUUUAAAUGUAUCAAUCGAAGCUAUUUAAGACCCACUUAUUUUCCAAUUUAACUCUUGUACUCCUAGAGGAGAUAAACAUGUAACUUCUCCUUACAUUAUCCAGCAAACAGGCAAUAAGAAUACUCAAACUUUUCGGGCAUAAGUUGUUAUCUUGAUCUAGUACCAAAUGCUCACAAAUAUUUUAGAAGGGAAUGUUUAGCAUCUAGAGGAGAGAAUUAACGAUUACAUCUUGGGAGUUAAAGGGUUGAUUGGAAGGAAUACCUUAUGGUUUGUUUUACUGACAAACUUGUCAUGUCUACCAAUCCGUAAUAGCUUAACAGUUAGCUCGUAGAAAAAAAUUUCUUUUUUUAAUUUCUAAAUUCAUAGAGAAGGCCAACGUAUGGGAUCUUGUUACGGCGACUCGGAUCGCUAGGGAACGUCUCAUUUUUAGUACAGAAAAGGCUUUAACGUUAUUCUACGACAUAACUUUAGUUCUUUAAGAGUAUAUAAAAACCAUAAUUAGGUGAAAUUUCAUUUUUAUAAUAAAUCUUUUGUGUGAAUUGUA